AAAACCGAAAUCAAAAGAAACUUGUAAAGUAAUUACGGAAAACAUCAGUACUACUUGUUCUGCCCAUGCGCCUAUUUUGAUCUGCGCAUGCGCAGUUUUAAGAACAACAAAACAAAUCUGGCUCGUGCGGCGCCAUCAUUCUGCUGUAGAGAAGGGUGGGUGAGGCGUGUGGAGCGCCUAGCGUUCUCACCCUUUACUCACUUUUGUGUAAAAACAAAAAAUACAAAAAAUAGCUCAACAAGUAAACCCUAUUGUGGCUUAGUUCCGAACCCCAGCCAGAGAAGAUGAACUCAGCAGGCCAAAACUAUCCCAUGGCGUCUCUGUACGUCGGGGAUCUUCACCCUGACGUUACCGAAGCUAUGCUGUUUGAGAAGUUUUCGACUGCUGGACCAGUGCUAUCCAUCCGUGUCUGCAGGGACAUGAUCACAAGACGUUCACUGGGAUAUGCAUACGUUAACUUCCAGCAGCCCGUUGACGCCGAGCGCGCCCUGGACACGAUGAAUUUCGACGUGGUGAAGGGUCGUCCGAUCCGCAUCAUGUGGUCCCAGCGCGACCCGUCGCUGCGCCGCUCCGGCGUCGGCAACAUCUUCAUCAAGUCGCUGGACAAGUCGAUCGACAACAAGGCCAUGUACGACACGUUCUCGGCCUUCGGCAACAUCAUGAGCUGCCGCGUGGCCACCGACGAGAACGGCGUCUCCAAGGGCUACGGCUUCGUCCACUUCGAGACCGAGAAGGCCGCCACUGAGGCCAUCGACAAGGUGAACGGUAUGCUGCUGAACGGCAAGAAGGUGUUCGUCGGCCGCUUCAUCCCGCGCAAGGAGCGUGAGAAGGAACUGGGUGAGAAGGCCCGCCGCUUCACCAACGUCUACGUCAAGAACUUCGGCACCGAGCUGGACGAGCAGAAGCUGAGGGAGAUGUUCGAGAAGUUCGGCACCAUCUCCAGCCUGAAGGUCGUCACCGGCGAGGACGGCACCUCCAAGGGUUUCGGCUUCGUCAGCUUCGAGGAGCCCGAAUCUGCCGAGGCAGCUGUCAACGAGCUCAACAACAAGGAGCUGAACGGCAAGACGCUCUACGUCGGCCGCGCCCAGAAGAAGGCCGAGCGCCAGCAGGAGCUCAAGCGCAAGUUCGAGCAGAUCAAGCUGGAGCGCAUGAACCGCUACCAGGGCGUCAACCUGUACGUCAAGAACCUGGACGAUGGGAUUGACGACGAGCGUCUGCGCCGCGAGUUCGCCCAGUUUGGCACCAUUACCAGCGCGCGCGUCAUGAUGGAGGACGGACGCAGCCGGGGCUUCGGCUUCGUCUGUUUCUCGUCGCCCGAGGAGGCCACCAAGGCCGUCACUGAGAUGAACGGCCGCAUCGUGUCGUCCAAGCCGCUGUACGUGGCGCUCGCCCAGCGCAAGGAGGACCGCAAGGCGCACCUGGCCAGUCAGUACAUGCAGCGCAUGACGGGCAUGCGGAUGCCGGGCGUGAGCCCCAUGUUCCAGGCGGGCGCCGGCGGCUACUUCGUGCCGACGAUGCCGCAGGCGGCGCAGCGGUUCUACCCGCCGGCGCAGAUGGCGCACCAGAUGCGGCCCGGGCCGCGCUGGCAGCAGCCGGCCGGCGGACAGAUGCGGCUCGGUGGACAGCCGCAGCCGGCGGGCAUGCCGGCGGCGCCGUUCCGCGCGCAGACGCCGCGCCAGCCGACUCCGGCCGGCGUGAUGCGCGGCAUGCAGGCGCCGUCCCGCCCCAUCACGGGCCAGCAGCCGAUGCUGCCGGCCGGCAUGCAGGCGCGCGCCAUGGCGCCCCAGCCGGCCCACCUGGCGCAGCAGCGACCCAACAGCUACAAGUACACGCCCAACAUGCGUAACCCGCCGCAGGCGCCGCUUUCGGCCGUGGCGCAGUCGUCGAUGGCGCCGCAGCCGCUGGCGCAGCCGGCCGUGCGCGUCCAGGGCCAGGAGCCGCUGACGGCCAGUAUGCUGGCCGCCGCCCCGGAACAGGAGCAGAAACAGAUGCUCGGCGAGCGUCUCUACCCCAUGAUCCAGCGCAUGUACCCGGAGCUGGCCGGCAAGGUGACCGGCAUGCUGCUGGAGAUCGACAACUCCGAGCUGGUGCACAUGCUGGAGCACCACGAGUCGCUCAAGGGCAAGGUGGACGAGGCGGUGGCCGUGCUGCAGGCCCACCAGACCAAGGCGGCCGCUGCUGCCGCUGCCGCUGCCGCUGGUGCCCCGGAGGCGGCCCAGGCUGCUCCCGUCGCUGCCAAGGAGUAAAAACCUGACGGACGGCUGGCGGUCAGUCUCUGGCCGAUCAGCCGACCGGCGGACGUGUAUAAAAAUAGUAAAACCCAGAAGAAAAAUGUAAAAAGAAAACGUUGGCAAUAUGCCGAGAGGUGUGAUCGGUUGGGGUUCGGAACUUAGCCGCAAGUGAGUGUGUAGGUAGCGGGCGUCUGCUCGGCGGCGGCAGCUGAGGUUGGUGGUGGGUCACCGCCGGCGGCCGCCGCCGCCGCCGACUGGCGUCCCGCGGCGCCGGCCGACCGGCGGGGUCCGGCGGGCCGCCGACUCUGCCGGCCGGCCGGCGCGCCCUGCUUCUGUCCUGUCCUCCACCCACUCUGCCAUAGUCACUGUAGCGCCGACGAGCGCCCUGGGACCAUGGCGUCCACGCUGGCGCCGCAUCCAGAGAGAAAAUCGCCAAAAAAAUCGCAAAAGGAAAAAGAACGAUCGGCGAGGGGCCGGCGCGCGGGACAAACUGUCCGCGGCGGCGGUGUCGCGGAGCGCGGCGCCGCCGGCCGCGCGCGCCGGCCCCUGCCGUGAUCAGUAGUGUCGUGAGAUGUCGUAUAACACCAAAUUGGUUGCUUCCGGACGGCGGAGGGCACGCCCGCGCCGUCCCCCCACUCCUAGACGAGUGGUGCCGCCUUUCUGUUGGCCAGAGCCCCCGCUCCCGGCCGAGACGAUAGAGCUAGCUGGCUCACUUUCGAGCUGUUUACCGCGUCAUUGCCCACCAAGAUGAUACGUGUGUAUAAAAUGAUAAAACAUCUUUUUUAUAAAAAGCUCAAAAUAGCUCUCGCUUAGGGAGAUUGAGAAAAGCUCAUAACAGAAAGUGCCAGAAAACCCUCGAACAAUAAAAAAAUAAACCCGACGACUGAUUGCUCGUCCUUUCACCAGCGCCUUGCGUGACGCGCGGGGUGGCAGUGACGACCACCGGGUCACUUACCUUCGGUACAGCGCGCCUGUGGCCGACCCCCGCGUUGUAUAUACUUCCUCCUCUGUUCUGUGCUUAUGUGGUUACUCUUCUUCGCCGUCUUAUGUUUUGACGUUCCUUCGUUUCGAAAAUAAACUUUCUUAUCUAA